CCUUUUGGGCAUUCCUUACUUUUUGCCAACAUUUCUAUUUUGGAAUACAGAGAUGUGCUCCAGCUCAAGCCUCGUUUGUGAUGGAUCAGUACAAGAGAUUCCUAUGCAUACGAUGAGAAUUCACUAAUGAAAACUUAGUGCUCCAAGGAUGCUUGGCUCAGCAAAAAGAACACUAGAUGACACCACUGGAGAUUUCAAAUUUAGCUCCAGAAAAGGUUGCGUUUCUCACUCAAAAUAACCAGGCACCUAAGUGUCAUACUGAAACUGAAUGGCAGCAUGUAACUGCAGCUCUGGGUACUUCUUUUCGGAGUUGAGAGAACCAGCUGGAGUUGGAACAAGUGCUGCCCUAAAUAACUUUAUGUACAAGGUGGACCCUCUAAGUGGACCCUCUUGAAUUUUAGGAAUCUGAAGCUGUUUUAUAGGUUUUGCUACUAAACGUCUUCUCCCAAGUGACUGAACUUUGAAUCCAUUUGAGAUUUCCAUUUUAUUAACUUUGGUGCAAGAAGAUCUGUUUUAGUGGUUUAUUCAUACUGCUGUGCACUGUGGCAAGGUUGUGUUUGAUGUGAAAAUUACUUUGACAGCCUGGUUUCAUGCAGCUAUUAACAAAGGAGGGGGAACCCAUUGUUAUUUGGUGAAUAUGCUUCCACUGGCUACAGUUACCUGGACAUUUCUUGGGUAUCUGUUAGUAUUUUUAGAACUGCUUGUUGAAGUCGGCACUUUCAAUUUGUCUGCCUUCAUGAGAUGUCCCGAGGCUUGCAUUUGUACAGCUGAUCUUUUGAGCUGUGCCAGACAGGAGCUCCAUCAGAUCCCUGCCACCCUGCCUCCUACGGCCACCACCUUGGACCUCAGCCACAACGCCAUCACUCACCUUAAUGACCACUGGCUGGCAACCUUACCACGCCUUCACACCCUCAGGAUCAGCCACAACCAGAUCAAUGACCUCUCGCAGAAGGUGUUCCACAAUGCCAUUUAUCUUGUGCACCUGGACAUGUCUUCCAACUGUCUGCACGCUGUCAAGAAGCACUAUUUUGAAAACCUUGUGAACUUGCAAGAGCUCUUGCUAUACAACAACAAAAUUGUAGAAGUAGAUGGAAAUGCUUUUGUCAAGCUCAUCAGUUUGCAAAAGAUCUAUCUGAGUUGGAAUCGGAUAGCUAAAUUCCCAUUCAUAUCCAUUCAAGGAUUCAAACACACUCACUUGAGGACCCUUGAUCUUUCUACCAACAAUUUAAGCAGCAUUCCUGUUGAAGUAAUAGCAGCCUUGCCUUUCUAUAUAAAAAAUGGUUUAUAUCUUCACAACAAUCCUGUGAAAUGUGACUGCUCUCUCCAUCAGAUGCUUCAAGAAUGGAAACGUCAUGGCUUCAGUUCUGUGCAGGAUUUCACAGAAGAGCAUACCUGCAAAGCCUAUAGCAAUGUGCCACGAUCUAUAGUCAAUACCUUCAAGUAUAAGGAUUUUGAAAACUGCUCCAGAAGCCUAAAAGAACUGAGUAUUCCGGAGAUCCCCUGCAAAGUGGGAGAAUCCUUAGUAAUUCACUGCAACACAAGCCUUCAUGAUGACAACACUACCGUUUAUAGGUGGUUCUCUCCCAAGCAUGAAUCAUUCAUGUACCCUGAGCACAGUGAUAAGACACACAAAGUUUUACAAAAUGGAAGCCUAAAGAUUACAAAUCCUAAGCUUUUGCAUUCUGGUGUUUAUCUGUGUGUAGCCAUCAGCAAGCACCAAAAGAUCAAUGCAACUUAUGAAGUCAACAUCACAGUCCAGCACCCCAAAUUGGUUGACUCCUUCAAUACUGGCAUCACAACCCUCUUAGGGUGUGUUGUCAGUUUGUUGCUAGUUCUCCUGUACUUGUACCUCACACCAUGUCGCUGCUCCAAGUGCUUCAAGAUGCCUGCAAGUCCUCCUCAAGACUGCAGUGCCCAAUCAUCUAUACUGAGUACCACCCCACCAGCCACCGAUGGGCCAAACCGCAAGAUCAGCACAAACAAGCAUGUUGUUUUCCUAGAGCCCAUCAAAGAGGCUCAGAAUGGCAAGGUCAGACUGGCUGUUGGCGAGGACUUCCCUGACGCUAAAAGCCCCAAGCUUCUGCAGCUUAAGUUGGACUCUGAAUCCAUCAGUUCAGUCUUUUCAGAUCGCCCUAUCAUGUCCUAUGAAGCAGAAGAGCUGUCACAGGCAGAUGGGUAGCAAGCCAUCCCCAAGAGGUAUGUAACUGCGGAGUAGGGGUAGAGAAGGAUCAACUUAUUUUCCAUUGUGGAAGGGAAAUACAAGACGUAUUUAUGAGGGAGUUUUUCACCAAAAUACAAAGAUAAUGGACAAUGGAUCAUUCUUAUUUCCCAUGAUUUCCCUCAUCAUAAAGAAUGAAAUAAUUCCUUUUAGCAAUUCCAGUCUGACUGCUCCAAAAUCUAUUCAUUAUACACCACAAAGGCAGAAACCUUCAACGAAAAAGAGAUUGAAAACUCUUUAUACACACCCAAGGACUGCAGCCUGCUCUAUAAAAGAGACAGUAUGUUCCAGCAGAGGGAAUCCCCCUCACUUUAGAAAACUGCUGUAUAAUUCAAGCUUGUGUUACAGUAUUGACCUUCAGGGUAUGAACAUUUGCUAUAGAACAAGCUUGUAUUUCUGGACAAGAAAAGACUGCCUUCAUUACCUAAACAGAGGUCUCUUCUUUUAUUUGUGGAACUGGUUUCAUCUGAUAGUGCUUGCAAUAUUAAUUUGAACAAUGUUUCUGAGUCCACUCUUUCCAUUAUCAGGGCUUCUCUAAGCAACUCCCAGCAUGGUUAAAAAAUGAAGCAAGGCUCCAUGCAAGGAGGUCACUAGCCCUGCUCAAGAUGACCACUUCACAUUCUUGGAUAUGUGCAGUCAGCCACCAGGGAAGAUUUGCAGCUGCUGGCUAAAAGAUCACAAUAGACAUGCUGAGCUUCAGGAAAGAAAUCUUCGUAAAUGAGAUGCUACCACCGCAGGGAAAGGAAGUGGAAAAUUGGUGCUCGUAUUACUUUCUCUCCUGGCUGCUCCCAGGAACAUUCUCAAAUUGCAAAACAAAACAAAAGCAAGCAGAAAACACAAAAAAACUCAAACCCAAAACAGAAUACGCUAGUGCCGAUCUGUUCAAAAACAAAUCUUCUAAGGAAGUGCUGGAGAUGUAUGCCUUAAAAUAAAAACUAAUGAUAUAUUAUACGCUUAUACUAUUAUGUUCAAGAGAAUCUUACUGCUCCCCUUCAUAUCUCAUCAAUGGCUGUGGUUUCAGAGCCCCCACCCCCCACCCCCUUUGCUACUGGCUCUAAUUUCUUCCCCACCAGCUGGUUUCUGGCUUCUACUUUCCCUCUACUAGCCUCCUCUUCUCUUUGUCAUGGAUGCUUCUGCCAUAACAGUGGAUACGAAUCACCACUUGAAUUCUAGGAUUUUUUUUUGUGAUGUAUGCAGGUGUUGCUACUUAUGUUUGAGAUGGUUUGGCUACUAUGUUAGAUGGAGGCAACUAUUUUAUGGCCACUAUCCAAACUGAUCUUCAGACAAUGCAGUAUCUCCUAGAAUUAAGAAUAUACCUUUAAAGCUAAUCUCAGGGGAGCAGUGCUCAUUCUUAGCUUUCUUAGCUCCAUUAUUCCAUUUUUCCUUUCAAUCAAAGAAAUCUCAAAAUGUAUUUCUAGAUAUGUAAAAGGGGAAACUGUACUGCUUCCAGGAGAUGAGGAACUUACAGAGUCCUUAUAGAUCGGGGUCAACAUUCUUAGCCAACAGUCUAGAACAGAACCCGGGGGCCUUGUGCCUUGUCUGGAUUCAGUAGUAUUCAUUUCCUCCUCUGAACAUUAUAUCCAGGUGCAUACAAAUUUUCUUCAAUGCUGUUUGAGAUCAUCUUUCAUAUAUAUUGUACCAUAGAUCAAAGAGACUUCCUUAGCACUGGAAAGGGGAAGUCAAGUUUACAUGGUUUGGUCAUUUGCUCUGACAAAAUGUCACAAUUUAAUAUAUGCCACAAAACUAUAGUUUAUUGUGUUAAAUGUAGUUAUUUCCCUCUCCCCCCUUUAUUUUCUGCUCAUAUGACUUUAAAGAAGGGGGAUAUCUAUUCUUUCGUUCUGGGUUUUUUUGCCUUGUGAUCUUUCAGUCACAUGACAUUUAAGACUCUACAGAUAUCCAUCAAAGUUUGAUAUACACUACCGGUAUAUUGGCAGCAUCUUCCUCUAGCAGACCUUCCUCUGGUAACCCAGCUGCCAGAGAUGCAUUCUCCUAUCAGCUGCUGUGACCUGAACCCUUGAUUGGCUCUAGACUGAGAGCAUCAUCUGCAUGCAGGAAAGUUAUUUUUAACCACAUGAAUUAUGUGCCAAACUCAAUUUUUUAAUGAACCCAGUCUUGGAAACAGUGGUAAAAUCUCGAAGUGCCAACACACAAUUAGUCCACAUGGAAAGACCUCAGAUUUUCCAGACAUCAUGCAUUUAAAUUUUCCCUGCAGUGCUUUAGUCACUCAGGGAGUUUGUCCUCAAAAGCACAGCAAGGUCGGAUUUUCAAGACAAGCAAUAAAUCCCCACCAAAAAGCUGCUUUUAAACUAGUUGGCAGUAAGGAUACGUUUCUGAGCAACCUAGCUUUUUUACCUUCCUAUAUUACUCUUACUUUACAAAAGAGAUGUAGAGCUGAAAACUGAAUCAGAAAUACCUAGCAGGGCCAGCCUAAGCCUUGUAACCCCCCAGUUGCCAUAGUGACACAGCACUUAACACACAAACACAUACACAACCCCAUGGACUUCACUGGAUACAAAAGGGCAUAACUGUGCUUAAGGUAGAACUACAAAUUGAUUUAAUUCAUUUUGCAGAGUCAUUUUUAUGGACAGUUUUUUUGCAGACUAUUUGGAAGAUUGUGAAUGAAGUUAGCCUCAGUGUGGGGAAAUCACAAAUUUCAGACCCUGAAAAUGUUCUAAUGAAACUAAUGAUAUAUACCUCACUUCCUCCACAGGAGGGCAUAUUUGUCUUAUCAUUAGCCAGAGUGAGACUGUAUAUACCAUCUCUUAGAUCUAGGUGGUGGUAGUAAACUAAUCAACCCUCAC